GUGUCAUGUCAACCACUUCCGGGUUGCUCUUCACGGUACGGCACUCAUGACUUUGAGUGCGGUACGUCGUUGUAACAACCGAUUAAAGAGGUAACACUUCUGCCUGGAGUUUGAGAAAUGGGAAGAUGCUAAUUAUUCGUUGAUGGAAGUUGCCGUGGAAUAGAAGAAGAAUUAUGUGGCGGGUGAAAGGGCUCGCAUGGAGAGUGCUGCAUCGAUACCACACCAGCACCCCAUUGCGUCUCCCCCAGAAUCACCAUGUGGAAGAUGAGGUCAUCAACACCUCCACUGUUCUCUCCACCUCUAUAAACACCUCUGACAGCAGCUCCCAUAAACAAGAGGAUGGCGAGAGGAAGAAGAAACAGCGGGCCUUUAAAUUCAAUUCCACCAAGCUGCCUCGUUACACCGCUCUCGAUGCUGUCGGAUGGGGUGCGACGGCAGUGCUGUUCAUGCAGAUCUGCCGGAGGAUCCACUCCAGCUUCUCUUCAUGUACUGAGCCAAGUCCAACUUCUGGAGUGUGGAGGACACCACACACUUUGCAGAAAUGUGGUUACCGCCUCCUGCUGGACACUUUUUCAAGGAAUGAAGUGGUCCUACAAAGAAAGAGUGUGUUGUGUCUGCACAAUCAGUCCUUGGAUCAGAGCAGUAGCAGCAACAGUGUUGGACGUGAUGCUGUGGCAAACAGUUCCAGUGAGCAGAGCUGCCUGACUUCUAACGCCACCAGCUCAAGCCAUCAGGAUGUGUUGGGCCAUGAUUCGCCUUUACAAGGUGAUGCCUACUUGUCUGCCUCCUGCCCGCAGGAGAAUGUUUUCAAGAAAGAGAGCACAGAGAUGACUGAUGAUGUUCAUGACAAGUCAAUGUUUGAAGGCGCAGACGAGAAAUUGGCAGAAGCAGCACAGAACCUCGAAAAAGUGGCAGACAGCAGCGUCCCAAUAAUCCUAAACAUUAUUGGCCUUCAAAGAGUCAAAAGUGGAAACGACGAGGAAGCUUUCAUGUGUUUCUUGGCGGCAGCUCAACAGGGCUACAGCAAGGCUCUGUUUAACACUGGCGUCUGUUACGAGAAGGGGAGAGGAGUUCGCAAGGACAAGGAGAAGGCAUCCCAUUACUAUUGGCGGGCAGCAGCGGCGGGUCACAAACAGGCACAGUACCGAUGCGCAAAGCUGUUCCUGACCAGGAGCGGGAACCAGAGUGAAGAAAAGAUGAACACAGCCAUCAGCCUCCUAGAGAAGGCUGCUGCAGCAGGUCUGACAAAGGCUCAGUCAUGCCUAGCGUCUGUGUACUCCUGGGAGCCAGUGAGAGAUGCCAGCAAGUCAGUGCAUUAUCUGCAGAUGGCAGCCGAGAGCAAUGAUAAUACUGCUCUGCUCCUUUUGGGCCAGUGCUAUGAAAGCGGCUUUGGGGUCCCUCAAAGCCUGAGAAAAGCAAUUGAAUUGUACAAACGAGCGGCUCAAGCAGGCAACAAGCAGGCUCAGCUUUCACUGGCAUCUCCCAUUGAAACGGAUGUGUUGCGCUCCAUCCGUUCUUUGCCAUGCUUUUCUGUGUUCGACCGCGAUCUUCGGCCACCGAUGUCCUCUCUGGCCGACGACGUGCGUGUUGACACUAGCCCUUCUGGCACCCUUCCCUUCCUGCCUUUCUGCUGGAGCACCGGGAGCAUAGAUAUGACCCCAAUGCUCUCUUCUCCCGCUCUUCACCUUCCUCCACAGAAUUUGGAGGGAAAAUCCUGCCAGUGGAUGGUAGGGGUUGGCUAACUGCCAAGUGCAGCACAAAAAUAUAUGAUCUGUUCUGAUAUAUUAUGGUUUUAUUAUGGUUGCACACGUGCAUGCUGUAGUUUGAAAUGCAAACUAGGGUUAUCCGAUUGCAAUAUUGGUAUUGGCUAUCAGUCCGCUAUCAGCCCACAAAACAAUUCAGGAUGAUAUUGGGCUACAUCCAAAAUCUCCGAUACAACCACUUGUAAACAAUAUACACUGGAGCCUAUCACAGCAGUCUAUCAGUCUGUAAGUUGUACAUAACACAUAUGAUGGGUGCUCAACAAAUGCACGUGUGCAUUUUCACUAGUGUUACAUGUAUACAUGCAGGAUGGUGAAAAUCAGUGUGUGUAGUAUUCAGUGUUGUACCUGAACGCCUUCAAUAAACGAAAGUUCAUAAA